AGAUUUUCCCGAGCCCGCCCAUCCAAAUAAACGGUCAGCGGCUCCGCACGUGUUUCAAAAUGGCGGACGCAAAGGCUGCUUCAAGAAAAAGGAGGCUGUCCGACAUGGAUGCGGAUGAGUUUAUGAUGUAUGGAUUGGAUGACGAUUCAUCAGAAGAUGAACGAGGCGAAGAAGAUGAAAAACAAACUGCUAAAGUAGACGCCAAAAUAAGCACAAAAUCGAAGACAGCCAAGCACAAAAAAGAUUUAUCUCGCCUUCAGAAGAAAGACCCCGAGUUUUAUAAGUUUCUUCAGGAUAAUGAUCAGACGCUGCUGAGGUUUAAUGACUCAGAUACAGAUGAAGAAGACGAGGAGGAGAGCGAUGACGAUGAUGCUGAUGACGAUGAGAAGGAAUCAAAACAGUCAAAGACAAAGAGCAAGUCUAAAACCAUAAAGAAAAAGAAGAAAAAAACUGAAGAGAGUGAUGAUGACGCUAAGGAUAGCGGUAACGAUUUAAAGGAUGACAAUGUUGAAGAUAUUGAAGAUGACAAUGAAAAGGAUACUCCAGAAAAAAAGAAAGGAAAAUUGGUCACCUUGGGAAUGAUCAAGCAGUGGAGGAAAGGACUUGAGUCAAUGUCGUUGCAAUCUUUGCGUCAAGCCAUGAGAGCAUUCAGAGCAGGAGUCUAUGGAGCUUUAGGAGAGAUGCUGGAGGAGAAGAAAUCCAGGUCCAAAACUCCAAAGAUUUACAGAGUCGAGGGGAGCUCAGUGUUUAAUGCCAUCAUUCAGCUGUGCCUGAAGCUUGUGCCUCCAGUACUCAACCACCAUGUUGGAGAGGCAUCCAUCAAAAAUGGCAAACUCCGCCUACCCUCCAGUAAUGAGCAUUGGGCAGAAGUAAAGGGUGUACUCAAGUUCUACUUGACUGAUAUCUUACAGUUACUGAGAAGCCUUGCAGAUCCCUCCAUGUUAUGUGUGAUGAUAAAGCAUGCGCAACAGCUCUCUUCAUACUUUGCUUGUUACCCAAAUCUUACCAAGCAGCUAAUAAAGAGACUGGUUCGCAUGUGGGGAACAGGUGAUGAGCAUGUCAGAGUUGUGGCAUUUCUUGGAAUCAAUAAACUUCUCCGAAUGCUACCAUCUACCCUCCUGGAGUUCUGUCUAAAGCAAUUGUACCUGAGUUUUGUGAAAAAUGCCAAGUUCACGUCCCCCAAGACAAAGCCUCUGAUCACAUUCAUGCAGAACUCCCUUGUGGAGGUGUUCAAGGUUAACCCACAUCUGACGUACCAGCAUGCAUUCAUCUACAUCAGGCAGAUGGCAAUACACCUGAGGAAUGCUAUCAUCAACAAGAAAAAAGACGCUCACCAGUCUGUGUACAACUGGCAGUUCAUACACUGUCUACAUCUAUGGUGCAGGGUGUUAAGUGAAGUGUCUUCACAAGGUGUCUUGGAUCCUCUAUUGUAUCCCCUUGUCCAAAUAAUCAUGGGAACUAUCAAGCUAGUACCAACAUGUCGCUACUACCCUCUGAGAUUCCACUGUAUCCGGUCGCUGCACAUGCUGUCUCAAGCAAUGAAAACCUUUGUGCCUACCUCGUCCUUCCUCCUUGAGAUACUUGAUUCCCCAGAGUUCAACAAGAGAGUAAAAAUGUCGACAGCAAAGCCAACUGAUUUUUCAUGCAUCUUAAAAGUGUCGAAGUCACAGCUUUCCACAAAACCCUUUGAGGAUGCUGUUAUUGAUAAUGUCUUUGAGCUGUUUUUGGAGUUUUUCUCCAUUCAUGCGUACUCCAUCGCCUUCCCAGAGCUUUCCCUUUCUACCGUCGUCCGGUUAAGAAAAUUUAUCAAGACUACCAAGAUACCUCAGUAUCGAAAACAGAUGAAGCAAUUGCUUGAUAAGAUCGAAGAAACCUCUAAGGAGGUGACAGAGCAGCGAUCUUCUGUGUCUUUUAGCCCCAAGGAUGUCAAAGAAGUGGAGCAAUGGACAUCUGAGUACAAACAGCAUCCGAAUGCGAUCGUGAAAUUCUACUCGACGUGGAAGAGCAUGAAACCUGUUAUUAGUCAGCACCACGAGGAUGAGGAUUCUGAGGUCGAGUUCGAAGGUGACUCAGAUAGCGAAGAGGAAAAACCAAAAUCAAAGAAGCGCAAGUCCAAAACAAAGGAAAGAAAUACUGAGAAAGCUCAACAAAAAGCUUCAAAGGCCAACGCUAGAGAUAAAGAGAUUGAACAGUCGGAAAACGUGGACGACAUGGAAGACAUUGUGGAGGACUUUCGGUUAUCAUCGGGUGACGAAGGCUAACCCUGUGUUCUUAAUCACACAUACUUUAUCUUAUUGGAAUAUUGGAAUUGCAAUUUUA